CAAAAUUGAAAUUAGAGAACCCAUUGUUGGAACCGAAGCGAAAACAAUGGUGUUUGACAUUGUGUUUUAUAUAGACAAAAAUGUUCUCAAUGCAACUUAACUUUACGAUCUAUGGACCAUUUAUGGUGGUUAUUAGAUUUUGCCGUUCUUAGAUGAUUCAUCUUCAUGAAACCAAUUUUAUAAGUUUCAAUUUUUGAAAAGUUUUGGUUUUGGAGUCGCUUUUUGUUUGGAGUUUUUUUGGGGCUAAUUUUUCAUCAUGUACAACGACGUGAUCUCGUUUGGGUUCAGCGACACUAGCUGGAGUUUCUGCGAAAUAGUCCUCGUCAUCUUCACCAGUAUUUCCUUCCUCCCAUUUCUACUGCUGGCUUUAUACAUGUUCCUACUAGUAGCCGCUAAUGAGAGUAACUCCCUCGGGCUACAUGGGGGAGUGCAGGGCAUAUUCUGCUUCUACUACCUUCGAAUCAGAG